AUGUCGUCAACACUCCGUGAUGCCAGAGAGAGCGAGAACCCAGAUAUAAACACCCUAAACGAGAUACAUAAAAAUAUGAAACAGUGGUGUUUGUCAGCUAAGCAGGGAAGUGUGAAACUCAGAGCGAGGGGCAAAGAUCCGAUGACCACGGCAUGUGAAGCAGGUCAAGCCAACAUUGACACUUGCCUAAAAAAGAAAGGCUUCGCAGUUAGAUAUAAGAAACCGACGUCUGCAUUGACUGGGGCAACCGAUGCCAGCACGUGGCUUCAUGAACUGGUCAAGAAGACUCAUCCAGGCGAGAACUUCACGACUCAACUCUUGACCACUACUAUUGAAGAUCUCAUCGUCAAAGUGGAGACAGAGCUUAGCAGCACUAUUCAGCCGCCCGCUUCUAUGCACACAAACACCGGGAGUGGAGAUGAUGAAGAACAUCAAGAAUCGUCAAGCACGACAGGAGUCGGAAAGAGAGUCAACGCCUCCACCAUCAGUCCUGAGUUUAGUGAUGUCGAUGAUGAGGGGAUAGAUUCCGAAGUCGACGCAGAAGGCUCUCCGGAUGCAGAGCACCAAGAAUAUACUUCAUACAUAAUGUCAACUCCCAACCCCCCAAAGAUAUCCUUCUCUUUCGGUUCAACCAAAACUUCCUCCUCAACCCCACCUCCCCCACCCGCCACCUCCCAGCCGUCCAAUCUCGAGCUCUUGAUGGCCAAAGCCAAGUCCUCCUCUUCCUCUACCUCUACAUCAAUCUCAAAGAAGAAACCCCCAAUCCCCUUUCCAGACCCGGAGGAAGAUGAUCCCCCCCUUUCACCUUCCACCACCUCUCACGGACCUACCAUCAAAAAACCCAAUACUUCGAAUAGAGCAGGACCGAGUAAUCUACUUGGUCCAAAUGGAAAGAAAGCAAAACCCGGCGAAACGCUUCUUUCUCGGUCUGAACGUAAAGCUCAACAAGACGCUCUUUCCCUCGAUCCAACGGCAUUCGAAUACGACCAAGUAUAUGAUCAACUUAAAGCUUCAGAACGAGCUGCUGAACAAGUCAAAAAGAUAGAAGCGGAAGAACGUAAACCUAGAUAUAUCGAGAAUUUCUUAGCUAGUGCUCAGACCAGAAGAUUGGAUAGGUUGAGAGCGGAGGAAAAGAUGUUACAACUUGAAAGAGAGAAAGAAGGGGAUGAGUUUGAUGAUAAAGAGAAGUUUGUCACUGAAGCGUAUAAGAAACAGAUGGAAGAGGUUAGGAAAGCUGAAGAGGAGGAGAGGGUGAGGGAAGAAAAUCUACGAAAAAGUAAAAAAGGUCCUGGACUUAGUGCAUUUUACAAAACCAUGUUAGACGAUUCAGCCGCAAAACACGCCGCCGCCAUGUCAUCCACCUCCACCCUCAAUAAUCCAUCUUCUACUCCCGGUCCAUCCUUGACCAUCAAACCUCCUUCAAAGAAAGACGAGACAUACGAACCAGAAGCAGAAUACGAUCCAUUUCUCGCUCGACAAUCUCUUCAAUCCGACGACAAUCCCUCUGGUCUCAACUCCCUCACUAACGAUAUCAAGAUGGGUCCAUCACGACCUUCAGACGAAGAAAGAGCAGCGGAAGCAAGUUCUAAAAGUGGUAAACGAGUAGAAAUGAGUGAUGAUGGUGAAAUAGUAGAUAAUAGAUCUUUACUUAAAGCAGGUUUGAACAUCACUAAAAAACCAACCGUUUUACCUACUUCAUUAUUGACCGGUGGGAAAGGUCCAAGUAUAGAAGGACCAUAUAUCAGUAGGGCUGUAGGAACAGCGGCGAGUCAUGAAGAAAGGAUGAUAAGGGAGAAGAAAAGGUUGGCCGAACAGAUGAGGGAAGAUAAAUUGAGAAGAGAGAAAGAAAGAGAGGAAAUGAUUUUGAAAGAAGAGGAAGAAGCUAGGAAAAGAAGGGAAGGUGAUGAUGGUGAAGCUGAAAGGAGAAGGAAAGAAGCUAAGGAAAGGUUUUUAGCUAGGAAAAGAGCUAGAGAAGUGGAAGAGGAUGAAGAGAAUAAGAGGGCCAAGGAUGAUUCUUGA